AUGGCCGGACCCUGCCUGACUCAAGAGUGCUCCGCGGAGAAGAUGGAAAAUGCCAUCAUCGAUAUAAACUUAUCUCUGCCCAAAGGCAUCAGGGGUGCAGAGCCCAGGUACGCCUCCACCGCAGAGGCUUGCAUUCGCGCCUGCUGCUCGGCAGAAAAACUCUCAGGAGACAAAAAAUGUAAUUUGGUGAUUUUUGAUGCUCGAAGGACAAGCACACAUCCCAACUGCUACCUGUUUUACUGCCCUAGCACAGAGGCUUGUCCGAUGAAACCUGCAACAGGACUUGUAAGCUACAAGAUAACUAGAGACACUCAUGCUCCAGAGGAUACAUCCUUCAAUAGUGAGGACUUUUCUUCAAAUGAGUAUUCUUUGUCUUCGGAUGCUGGAGCCUUUAUUUCUCACAGCCAGACCAGCCAUCAGAAUCGUACCACUGCUUUGCAGUCUAAUUUUCAUGAGGCCUCUGAACUCCAGAGCCACAUGGAGCAUUUAGACAAUGCUGAAUUUCAUACAGUUUUUCCUGAAUCUCAACAGGCAAAACAUCCAGAGAGCUUAGAGCCCAUCUCAAGGCAGAAAGUAAUUAACCUGCCACCGAAUAGAUCUCCUGCUGUCCAAAUUGCAAACCCCUCUGCUUUUUUCUCUACCAUUCAGUCUAGUGUUCCUGAACCCGGCAGUACUACUCUGAUUCCUCUGCCUACAAGUACCACCCAACUGGAAUCUCAUACAACCUCUCUGCAUCCUAGUGGUGCUAAACCUGCUACUGUCACCACCACCACCACAGCUACCUUUCCUCCUGCUGCAACCACUAGAGCUAAACCUGGUGUCCCUGCCGCCAGCAUUGCAGUUACUCGUGUUCCUCUUUCCAGUCCCAAAGCUUCUGCUUCUACUUCCACAGCCAAGCAGAUGACCGUGAAUUCUGCCCUGUCAGGGAUGAGAACUCUGUCCAUCUCUCCUGAGCCAACGGUUGUCUUUUCCAACUAUACCAGCCGUGUUACCCUCCUUUCUUUAUCAGGUUUCACUCUGUCUACUAUUGAUUCCCCAAGAGCGUCCCAAAAUGACCCUCAGGGAUACAACCUAUCUGAUGCCCAAAGCUACCUGCCAAAGAGUUUCCUGAGAGGGAAAGAUGUUGUUCAGCUGGGAGAAAAAAGCAGUCUUGUAGCAGCUUUGCUUUUUGGGGUGAUAUUCUUAUUGCUAGUUAUUGCACUGAUGUGGAAAAAAGUACAGGAAUCUCUUCAGAAGAGACAUUAUACUAGGCUGGAUUACUUGAUCAACGGAAUGUAUUCUGAUGUAUGA